GCCAAAGAAAAUGGAGAGCAAUCCUUACCUGGCCCAUCUGAACGGAGCGCAGACGAACGGCAGCGCGUCGUCUGAUCCUCUGAAUGGCUUCAUCCAGCGAAAGGUGACAGGCGCCCAGGUCAGAAAGGCGCUCGAUGGCAAUGUCAACCCGUUCACGAAGCGGCCGUUCUCGAGCAAGUACAAGGACAUCCUCGACAGGAGGAAGAAGCUGCCCGUCUUCCAACAGAUGGAGGGCUUCCUGGACAUGUUCCAACGGAGCCAAUUCGUCGUCAUGGAGGGCGAGACGGGCUCAGGAAAGACGACUCAGAUACCCCAGUAUGCAGUGUAUGCAGAUCUGCCGCACAUGCGCAAGAAGAUGAUUGCCUGUACCCAGCCGAGACGGGUGGCAGCCAUGUCAGUCGCCAAGCGCGUCGCAGACGAGAUGGAUGUCCAGCUGGGCGAGGAAGUGGGCUACUCCAUCCGGUUCGAAGAUGCCACUUCGCCCCGCACGUUCCUCAAGUACAUGACAGACGGCAUGCUCCUCCGGGAAGCAAUGAACGACAAUAUGCUCUCUAGAUAUUCGACCGUCAUCCUCGACGAGGCUCACGAACGUACUCUGGCCACCGACAUCCUCAUGGGCCUGCUCAAAGAUAUCGCCAAACGCCGCCCCGAUCUCAAGAUUGUCGUCAUGAGCGCUACCCUCGACGCAAAGAAGUUCCAGGCCUAUUUUCUCGACGCGCCCUUGCUCAAAGUACCGGGCAGGACGUUCGACGUCUCUACCUUUUAUACGCCUGAGCCAGAGGCAGACUAUCUCGAAUCCGCCAUCAGGACAGUACUCAUGAUCCACCAAGCCGAAGAUCCAGGCGAUAUCCUGCUCUUCUUGACGGGAGAGGAGGAAAUCGAAGAUGCCUGUCGCAAGAUCACCAUCGAGGCCGAACAAUUACAACAGAGCUCCAACCUCUUUGGACCUCUCGUCGCCACGCCACUCUACUCCUCAUUGCCGCCUCAACAACAACAGCGAAUAUUCGAUCCUGCGCCAGGUCCUACGAGACCGAACGGACCGCCCGGUCGUAAAGUCGUCGUCUCGACCAAUAUCGCAGAGACCUCGCUUACUAUCGAUGGCAUCGUCUACGUUGUCGAUCCUGGCUUCUCCAAGCAGAAAGUCUACAAUCCUCGCAUCCGUGUCGAAUCUCUCCUCGUUGCCCCCAUCUCCAGAGCCUCUGCCAACCAGCGUGCCGGUCGUGCCGGCCGUACUCGCGCAGGGCAAUGUUAUCGCUUAUACACAGAAGCUGCCUUUGUCAAAGAUCUCGAGGAAACGACGUAUCCCGAGAUCCUGCGUUGCAAUCUUGCCAACGUCGUCCUCGAACUCAAGAAGCUCGGCGUAGACGACUUGGUGCACUUUGACUACAUGGACGCACCCGCCCCAGAGACUGUCAUGCGGGCACUCGAGCUGCUCAACUAUCUCAAGGCUAUCGACGACGAAGGCAAUCUGACGCCUUUGGGCGCCAUUAUGGCCGACUUCCCGCUCGAGCCACAAUUAUCCAAGAUGCUUAUCGUGUCGCCCGAAUUCGCCUGCUCGAACGAGAUCCUGUCCAUUGCUGCGAUGCUCUCUAUUCCGAAUCCUUUCCUGCGACCGAACAGUCAACGUGCGGAAGCAGAUGCAGCCAAGGCUAACUUCACCCAUCCCGAGGGCGAUCACCUUACGCUGCUCAAUGUCUACCAUGCGUACAAGACAAAUCCGGAUGCGCAAUGGUGCUGGCAAAAUUACCUAUCGCAUCGUGCGCUGCUUCAAGCCGACAACGUCCGCACACAGCUCAAGAGGACGAUGGAGAAGCACGACCUAGACCUGAUCUCGACGCAAUGGGGCGACAAGAACUACUAUGUCAAUAUUCGCAAAGCCCUUGCGUGUGGCUUCUUUAUGCAGGUCGCCCACCGAGAGGGCGACAAAGGCUCGUAUCUCACCAUCAAGGACAAUCAGGUCGUCUCGCUGCAUCCAUCUUCGGGGCUUGACAAUAGCCCAGAAUGGGUGCUCUACAAUGAAUUUGCCUUUACGAAGCGCAAUUAUAUCCGGACUUGCACAGACAUCCGCGCCGAAUGGCUUCUCGAGUUCGCGCCGGCGUACUAUAACGUAGCGAGCUUCCCAGAGGGUGAAACAAAACGCGCACUCAGUCGGAUCAUCAUGAAAAAGUCAGGCCGACCGACGACGGCUGGUGAUGAGAAAGAACGCAAGAAGAAGCGCCGCAAAGACGCGGCAUGAAGCAUUUGCAUCCGUAGAAUUUUGUUUCAAUCUUGUAGCAACUCCCUGCCAAAUUGAUCUAGUGUGACAAUGGUUAGCCGGGCGCUUGAUCUGGCAUCAUGUAGCUUGGCAGAUCGUUUCCAGCUCGAACUCAUGCCGGCGCUGAAGCUGACAAUUUCAACAUUGUAGCCUCGCUGUAACGCUCGCUCCGCCGUCUUGUGAAACCCGCCCGAAGUGAACUCUGAGGACGCGCCAUCGCC